AUGUCCGACGCAGAGUCUCGGCAAAAUCUCCGCAACCACACUGGACCUGCUCUCGUUCUUGACGCUCGAGUGAGCUGUCAGGCUCCAGAUCUCGAUAAAUUAACACUCAGUGCCCCAUUUUACGGUAACAUUUCUGGGACUGUUACCAACAGCACAAGCAGCCCACGCCUACAGCCGAUCAUACCUACGAGUUUCUUGUGCGUUUUCGCCGGUCCAGGCCAGAGGUCGAUAUGUCAGAUCGGCGUCAAUGUUGCUUAUCUAUACAUCGGAUCACUCGACAGCCAUUUUCAGAGGCAGAACAAGACCUACGGCACUGCCUUCUUGAUCAUCGACCCUUCCGGCAACUACAACAGCCAAGCAAACAUCUCGACCUCCGCCCUCACAUCCACCAACGCCAACACAUCCACCCGCGGCUCAUGGACCGACGUGUCCCACCCAUCCGCCAACUCCACCCUCUCUCUCUCCCUCUGCUUCGCCCCCUGGGACGCCGCCCGCCUCUCCGUCAACAUGCACAGCUCGCAGAACCGCACCGAGCCGUCCCCGCACUGGACCGCCCCCUCCGACACCGAGAGCGUCGGCAGCUUCAACAUGGACCCCGUCCUCCACCAGCUCGGCCUGCAUUCCGAGCCAAACGACAGCAGCUUCUGGCAAUCCACCUUCGAGGGCCGCGGCGUCCUCGCGCUGGACCGGCCCGCCUCCCUCGCGCCGCCCGCGCACUCCCUCCCGCCGUUCCAGCGCCCCUUCGUCCAGGCUGACAUGUCGUCGGCUGGCGGUGGCUCGUCGGGCAUCAGCGUGCCGCUCGCUGGCAACCGCUCGACGCUGCUGUCCGGCCAUACGCUCGAUGCGGUUCUGAAUAAUUUUACUUAUACGCCUGAUAACCUGCUCGCUGCCGACCCGGCCGUCGCGUCGUUGUUCAACGCUGCUUUCCGCGCUACGAACGCUUCGGCUGCCCGUGCUCUCAGUGCUGUCAUCACCGCGCUGUCUGCCACUGCGUACUACGGCCAGAUGCCUGCUUUUGAUUUCGUGCCUGAGCGCGGGGUCGAGCAGGUUUACUUCCGGACCGUGCAGAUGCCCGUCCGCGCGAGUGGUUUCGCUGCGCUUGUGUGGUUGCUCGCGGCGCAUACGGUGCUGGUUAGCAUCAUCAUGAUGAUCUUUAGAAAUAAGGCGACUGGAUCGCUGUUGAGCGAGGCGUGGCAGUGCAUUGCACAGUUGCAGGGUGUUGUGACUGAUGUUUGUAUGAGAUAUGACGGCAGCGGGAGAGCGGGUGUGGUAGCGAAUAUGAAGGAUAAGGAGUUAAAAAGGGUAUUUGAGAGGCAGGGAAGGAAUAAGAUAAGGGUAAGGAUUGUCGGGUCCGGAGAUGAUGAAGGGAGGCUUAUGUGGGAGGUUAAGGAUGUCAGCGAGUAG